AUGCUUUUUUCGUCAAUCCUCACUGUCGUGUUUGCGUCGCUGGCGCGCACCACCCUGGCCCAGGAUCAGUUUGGGAACAUUGUAUACGAUGCCAUACACAAUGCCACAGCCAUCACCGGGACUUGGAGCUCAGGUAGCAAGGCAGUUAGGACAGGACAGGGUUUUGCUAACCCCGCUAAUAUGACUUUCAACUACCCGAAAACGACUGGAAUCUCAUAUUCAUUUACGGAUGAUGGGUUUUACGAGAUUUCGAGGUAUCGGUUCAACAGCAACGGCUCGGAGCCAACGUGUAUUACGGGCGUGAUAGCGUGGUCGCAUGGAAAAUACACCUUGAACGCAAACGGUUCUAUUUCGAUGUCACCAUUUGAAGAUGGCUUCCAACAGGUUCAGGAUCCAUGUGCCGCCAUUUCCAAUUUCAUCGAACCAUUUACGACCCCGGAGUACUACAAGGGAUGGAGAAUAUUCAUGGAUGCUAGCCAGGGUCCCAAGUUGCACAUGUUCCAGUUCGACGGCACACCACUUGCUCCCAUGUUCCAGGUCUCGGUGACUCCCAACAUGCUCCCCACCCAAUUGCUACGCAACACCGACGAACCUGUCAUCCAAAGGCGUUCAAGUGCCCAGGGGACAUCUGGUUCUCAAUGGAAGGCGGGUGUGGUGGCUGGUGCUGGUUUGGCCUUAAUUUCCAGCACAAUCUCUAUGCUGUAG